GCCCCUCCGCUCUUGUAACCGAGCAAGCCGCAGCGUCGCGCCAGCCCAGCGGGGGCGGUUCCUGCUUCAACAGUGUUUGGACGGAACCUGCCGCCGCUUCUGCCCGCUCCGACCCUCCUCGCCGUAGCCGCAACCCCGCCAUCGCCAUGGCCACAUCCCCCUCUCAGGUGCGGCAGAACUACCACCAGGACUGCGAGGCCGCCGUCAACCGGCAGAUCAACCUGGAGCUCUACGCCUCCUACGUGUACCUCAGCAUGUCUUACUAUUUUGACCGUGAUGAUGUGGCUCUGAAAAACUUUGCCAAGUAUUUCCUGCACCAGUCGCACGAAGAGCGUGAACACGCUGAGAAACUGAUGAAACUGCAGAAUCAGCGGGGUGGUCGCAUCUUCCUGCAUGACAUCAAGAAACCAGACCGUGAUGACUGGGAGAAUGGAUUGACAGCAAUGGAGUGUGCCUUGCAUCUGGAAAAGAAUGUGAACCAGUCACUCUUGGAGCUGCACAAGCUGGCAACUGAGAAGAAUGACCCUCAUUUGUGUGACUUCAUUGAGACCCACUACUUGGAUGAGCAAGUGAAGUCUAUUAAAGAGCUUGGUGACCAUGUGACCAACCUCCGGAAGAUGGGGGCACCAAAGUAUGGGAUGGCGGAGUACCUCUUUGACAAGCACACCCUGGGGGACAGUGACAACGAGAGCUGAAGCCUCAAGUUCAGCCACCCUGUGGGUUUUAGUAGGACUCCUAUCUUGCUGCUCAGCAGUGCAUGCAUCUUUUUUUCUUUUAUUUAGAUAACCUUCUCAUACUCUGUACUGAAAAUCACUCUUUGUUUUCUUGUGUUGUGUAACACCUUGCAAUACAAUAAAGUGACUUGGUUCCAGUCUGUUUCAAUUGCA